GUUGGUGUCUAUACUGUGUCUGUCUCUCACUGAUUCACCAGAGGUAGUACUAGUACUCAGGCUACAUCCGGCUCUAUAGACGGCUGUGACUCAUAGAUACCCAUUACCCACCAACAGAUCACAUAGUUAGAGUACCUGUAAUUCGGAGGUAUGGAAUUGUUGGAUCCAAGUUCCACUGUCAACCCCUACCCCCUUAACCAUAAACUACUUUGCGCAAACGCAGAUCUCAAUGCUGAAAACACGGAGAACUUCCAAACAAUUGUUGCCGCUCUUGAAUUCGUCAAAAAUGUGAGAUUUUAUUGGUCCGUUGAAACUAUGGAAGAUUUUCUGGAGAAUAAGUUGCCGCAGUUGGAUUUCAAUGUUGACACAUUGUAUUACAAGAGAAAAACUGCUCUAGAAUUGUUGGUAGGCGAUGAGAAACGACACAGUGCCAGGGAUAAAUCCAUGAUGUGCCUACUUCUAAAACAUGGUGCUAGCCCUUUGAAGAAGCUAAGAUGCGGUAGAACCAUUAUUCAGAAAAUUUUACAGAACAAGGAUUCUGCCUUGAUCAUCGAGUUCUUGAAAUAUGUGGAAGACAUCAAUAUGAUUCAUGUCAAUGGUACUUCUUUGCAUAUAGCUGUUAAAAGACAGUUAAAAGAUGUGGUGGAAUACAUAAUUGGGCGAAAUGCAGAUGUAAAUAAGAAAUCUCUCAACGGGUGGACACCUUUGCUUCAGUCGGUAAGAAGUAAAAGUGUUGAUAUGAUGAAAAUCCUUCUAGAGAGCGGAGCAGACAUGGAAAUCAAAAGUAAAGCAGUAGAAACACCGCUUCAUUUGGCUGUUGAAUACAAUAAUCUGGAUCAAGUCAGGAUGUUGAUAAUAAACGGUGCAGACGUGAAUUCAAGAGAUUCUAUAGGAGGAACUCCUCUACAUACUCUUAGAAAAACUUUCAGAAAAACAUUCAAUUUCGAAUUAUAUGAGCUUCUCCUACAAAAUUGUGACGUGAAUGCAUUAGACCAAGAAGAACACACACCGUUCCAUCAUUUGAUGAAAUUUUUACCGGUAGAUUCAUCAAUAUCAGAGAAAAGAAAAUUGAUAAAUUUAUUUUUAAAACAUGGCGGGGAUUUACAAGAUUGCUGCUUCGGUACACUAAUACAUGCUGCAGCCUUUUUUAAACAUUCUGUUCCUUUUUUGACCUUUUUAAUAGAAAAAGUGGAAGAUAUUGUUGAAAUAGACAACGCGACAUUUCUGCAUUUUAUAUGCUGGCAUAGCGGCGAACCUAAUAAAGUUAUAGAAGUCCUGAAGUUUUUGUCUGUUCGGGAAUGUGGGGGAAAAUUUAAACUCAAUGAUAUUCAAUUGAGAUUCCUUGAAUCAGAAACACGAUUAAUUAAAUUCCAUAAGUCAUGUAAAAACGAGCUACGCAUUCUUAAGGAUCAAAAAUUGAGAGAUAACGAUCCUUUAUCCUUGUUCACGGUGCUGUCAGAAAAUGAGAGGGGUUUAGCGAAACUUUAUCGUCAGUAUCCUUUAACUAAUGAAAUCGCCGAUUUUGAAACGGAAAGGUUUCCAAUUUAUGGAAAUGAUUUGGUAAGAAAUCAUAAAAAUGCUAUAGCGAUACUUGAAGCAGAGAUUUCAAUAUGUGAUUUCCUGACUGAAGUUAGUGACAAUGUUUUGAAUCAGUGUUCAAUUUAUGAGAUCACAAAAUUCAUAUCCACUGAAGACAUAGCCGAAGUAUCACUUGAAUUAAAAUCAAUUCAAAAUUCAGUUAGUUAUACCAUUUAGUAUUGAGUUCAAUACUCAAUGGCUACACUCUGGCAUAGUUAAUCUAUUUAUGGAGUUCUGUUGAAGGAAAUGAACACCUUGAUUUAAUCUAUGGGA